AUGGCUACCCUAGGAACAAACAGCUAUCUAUUAUUCAGCAAGUCUAUCUUGACUAGAUUUGUGUCCCUAACGCCCCUCUUGAUGACUAGAUACCUUCGCCGGUCUUGGGAGCAUGGGCACGGCGAGGUUAGCCCGGAUGGCUGGUGGAUGAAUUGCCUGCCGGAGUUGACGGAAAGGAGGGAACAACCUGAUGGGAUUGAUUCCCAAGACGAAACGACAACAGAGCAGGAUGAACUGUACGUGCUCUGGCAGAAACUACGGAACGAUGAACCGGAACUACUCCUGGUGUUCCAGAACUUCCUCAAGAAAGCUGUCCUGGAGAUUCAGAAAGUUCACGAUAGCUGCGACACACUCGUCAAAACGAAAAAUGGCAUCCUUACGGAUGAGAUGCAUCGGUUGUAUGAAGAGAUGGAACAACUCCUCAUGCAGGAAAGGGAUUCACUCAAGCUAAAAUAUCAAGAAGAGUUGCAGGCCGAGAUGGAUAGAUGGCUUGAGGAGAAAGAACACGAAAUGCAAGACAUUCUCAGUAAAAAGAAAGAGUUGGAAUCGUCAUUACACGCUUUAGAUAAGAAAGAACGCGCCAAAACACAACAAAACCAACAGCUGGAAACCAUGGUGAUGGAGUUAAGUCGACACGAAGCGAACAUAGUAUCAGAAAAUGAGGACCUUGUAAAGGAGAACACACAACUGCGCUUGCGCCUCGACCAGUCUCUGGCGGGUCUUAACGAAACGCAGCAGCUUUGUCUUCAGCUCCAGGACGAGACUGAACGAGAACGAGAUUUCAUCGAGAGAGAAUACGCAGAGGUCAUGAAGGAACAGGAGAGGAAGUCACGUGACCGACAGAGCCUGGAACUUCAGCUAGAGAAACUCAGGGAAAAAUACGAAAAUCUGGUGGAGGAAAACUACGAAGUUCGCCCGAGGAGGGUCGGCGUGAUGCAGAUGAGUCGUGUCAGUAGCUACAGCGACUGCGAAUGCGAUCAGCAAAUGCAGUUUUUACAGCUACGGACGCCAGAUAGAUGUUUCAAAGUGGUCAUGUGCGGAGACUCUGGAGUGGGAAAGACAAGCUUCCUUCAAAGAUUCUGCCAUAACACAUUCACGGACAGUCCACAAGUCACAAUAGAAAUUGGUUUUCACAUGAAGUCACUGGUUUUGGAUAACAAUGUCGUCUCGUUACAAAUAUGGGACACUGCCGGGCAGGAAAGGUUUCGAAGUAUCCCACACGCGUACUUCAGGAAAGCAGAUGGCGUCUUGCUGUUAUAUGAUCUGUCGUGUGAGAAGUCUUUCCUAAAUGUGAAGAGUUGGAUUGAAAGCAUAAGAGAGGUUGAUGAUACAGCAACCAUAAUGCUUGUAGGUCAUAAAGAAGACUUAGCCGACUAUGAUCGAGAGGUGCCUAAGGAGUUAGCGCAGGUUCUGGCGCAGGAAAACGGUGCCCUUUUUAUUGAAGCGAGUGCCAAAACAGGGCUCAACAUCUUCGAGACGCUUGGUAGAUUAGCGAGGGAGCUACAGAAGCGAGAAGAUGAUAAUGUCAGUAGGGUUUAUGUGGUGGAACUGAAGGAGGAUAUUGAGUUCGCCCCAACAAAGAAAAAGUGCUGCUCCUCUUAAAGAGAUAACUAAUGGGAGACGCUUGGUGGAAGCAGACUUGCCGAGUGAAUGUUCAUAGACCUUUUCGCAAAUACUGGGGCGCGCGCGUAAUUGGAAUUAGGUGCAUUGUGGUCUAGCUAGUGUCCAAAUAUCCAUAUCUAUCCCACAAUGCACCCCAUUCAACAGUCUGCACUUGCGCAAAGGUAUUUGCGAAAUGCUCACGUAGUUCUGAGCAUGCGCACAUUAACAAGAACAAUGGAUUUAACCUGGUAAGUCUGCUGCGGUGAAAGUCCCCAAAUUGAAUUCAUGUCAUGACGGCCAUCUUGAACUUCAACUGUUCAACCUCGAAUGCAAUAUUAUUUGGUUGUAACUCUUUUCGGGAAAGCCGCUCCAUUAAUUAAAAAAGAAGCUAUAAUAAGACAUCAUUUUCGUCUAUCAAUUCACACCUGUUAUUUUCAUGUAUCAGUGGACUUAAUUGAAUCAUGCAGGGUUCCUGACAUAAAGUUGUACGACUGAAAUAAUUCAACGAAAAGGAUGUGGACUGUAUACUUUCCGAUUUUGGGAUGGCCAAUUUGGAAAUUCAAUGGACUUUUUCUAAUAAUCUAGACGUGCAUUCCGUAUGAAUAAGUAACAGCUCUAACGUUCAUCAACCAAGAUCGUAUAGUCUUGUUUCAAGUCGCAGUAUGUCCAUUCGCUCUGGAUCAAAACGUAGACGUCAUCGAUCAACUUAGCUGUGAUAAGGAUGAUUUCUGCGAACUGUUGUCUGCUGCAUGGUGGUUCACAUAAAUGAUACGCGGUAGCAUAGGGUAGCACAAAAUGGCGUAUACGACUCUACACGUUGUUUCUUUGGUUUUAGUUUUAUCAUUUUUAGUUUUAUGAUGUAGUUGUAAAAUUUAACUUUGAACAGAGUACGAUCAUUUUAAACAGACCAAUGUUUGUCUUGCAGUUGAAGGCACUGGACACGUUGAUUACUAAUACAAAAUACUUGGUGAUGAGCAAAAUUCAGGCCUUAAGCCUUUUUUACUAUUAUAAAAGCGCACAGAUUGUUGCAAAGAAGUUGUUUUUUCUUGAAUUGUUUUUUUAUAUAUUUUUCGACGACCAAUUUCACUGUUUGUAUUUGUAUGCAUAUGUUGGGAUACACCAAGUGAGACUACUGGUGUUUGGCAACUACGAAAGGUGUCCAGUGCCUUGAACAAUUACUCUAUCUUACCGUAGGGAUAACACUGUUAUUAUUAACAAUAGUAUCGUCAUUAAAGUUACUUAAGAACUUGUUAACUAUAUAGUUAUAUAUAGUUAUUAGUUAACUAUUGAGUUCUUUAUUAGCAACAAAUAAUAACGUUUUGGAUCAAAGCUUUUUUAAAAGCAAAUUAUACCUUGAACCAGGUAAACAAAAAUGCCUUAAUUAUUGCUCAUUUUAAUUAAUAAAUGAACAAUAAUCCACAUAAGAAGUGGACAUGUAAAUACGAAACUUAAAUAUUGUACAUAACGAAUGUAAAGCUUAAAGCUCCUUUUAACAAAAACGCUUAUUAUUACUCAACUGAGAUGCGCAUGCAGUUGUGAAAUGUUUAAACUGAUGUGUUACCCUCUGUAAAUAGUUCAACAACUAAUUAUUAUGAAUAAUAAUGUGACAGGAAAAUUUUUCGUGCCUUUCUUAGAAACGUUUGAAUCGCAACUCUGCCGCUAAAUUGUCGAGUUCUGAAUCAUGCAACCUCGACCCCAUGGGUGAUCGAUCUCGCAGCGCCAUUUUUUUCACAGCACGUGCCAUGUCAUCGAUACGGCGCACCGUCCAUGGUGGCGAGGUUGUGAAUCUUAGAUACCGACUCUUAUUAUUCAACAUGCAGGGCACCAGACUAAUUUUCACUUCCACCCUCGGUUUGAUGUCAUUAAUUGGAAUGCAAUAAUAUUAGAACUGCAAGAUGAAGUGUACACGAGUGGCUAUCGUGGCUGCCUGACAUGUUCCUCCUUGCAUGGACAAAAGAACUGCUAUAAGGAAAAGGUAUUGGUGACAUUAGGCCGCCAUUUAAUCCCAGCAUACCCUGCUCGCUCAUAACUCAAUGUUGUUAAUUCAAAUGUGCAAAUAGAAAAAGGUGCAAUACUCUUUACGCGCCCUCAAUUGUAUGGUAGCCCGAAAAAGAUGCAAUAAUGAACAACGGGUACCUUUUCAGGCUUCGUGGAUCAAGUGUAGCCCUAUGCUGGCUGUCUCCCAUCCUUGUCAAUAUUAAUUAUGCGGGUAUAAUUGAUUGGUAAAUGAUCCCUUCGCGGCUGUCAGGAUUGGCCAAUGAGCUGCUUUCCAAUGAGAGGGCGCCCUACUUAAAUAACGUCAUUAAAUGGAGAUCGAUUGGUAUAGAGGUAUACGUAAAGGUGGGGGAUGGCACACUGGCACACACCGUGAAGAUCUUUGGUUCCGAAGUAAUUCCCUUUAACCAUCUUGAAAAAAAGUCCCCAGAACAUUAGUGACCACCACUACAUCCAUCCCUGACAUUACCAGAGAUGUUCACUCCUUUGUCAAGACGAAGAUUUUUGAUAAUGUUGGUGAGUGAGCAAUGGAAAAUCGUGUUAAGUUAUUUUUGGCAGUUGUGCUUAAAGAGUUGUGUACAAUGUCGCACAAAAAGUUGGCCUUCAAAAAUAAUAAUAUGAAGAAAACAUUGUUAUGGUAAAAAUAGCAUGAAUAAUCUUGUAAAGACAGAAAUUAAAAAAUUGUAUAUAGUGUAUAAAAAACAACUAAUUAUUCCAACUAUUUUGACCUAUAAUGCUAAAAGGGAAUGUAUAAACAAAUCUAUGUAUUAUUGUUGUAAAUACUUCAACUUCUUGGAACGCAUGCAGUCUGUAUACACUGUCAAUAAAAGGACAUCCGUCCAACUUACCCCAA